AUGCAAAAUACGCUAGGUGAAGUAGAACUAAGUGCCACCAAGGGGGAGCAUGUAUUCGGAGAAGAACAUUCAAGCGCUCUGGAGGAGCUUCGUUUGAAGCAGCUCAAGUUAGCUCAGACUUGGACAAGAAAUGAAGCAGAUGAAGUGGAUGAAAACGAGAGCAAGGAGACCAACGAUCAAUCAGAUUCAAAGACGCCGAAACCAAGUGGUGUACCUCAUGACAACGGUGCUGCGACAACGACUACAGACGGCACUGCAACUUAUAAGGCACUGGAGGCAGAAACCGAGAAAGAUCUACAGCAGGCUCGGAAGAGACGACUGGCGAAUGAUCAGUAUUUCGAUCGCGUCAACAACGGUGUUUUAGACGUUGUUGCAAGCUUGGAAGAAGUUGCGCGGGCAAUGCGUGCGGUGAGGAAAGAGAGUGAAGACAUUUGGAAUGAUACGGCAAGUGAGAGCCUCAACGCAACGUCAGAUUCGACAACUGGAUGA